AUGUCUAGGCAGCCAACUGUGCGCAGGGCGCACAUUGCGCUGUGGCUGCUCCUGGCAACCGUGGGCGCAGCUGCGGCGGUGGCGCCACCACUGCCGUGCCCUGCCGACAUCACCAGGAGCCGCACGGUGCCAGAGGCCUGCCCCUGCAACCCUUUCAGGGAUGCCCCCUUUGGCGCCUGCGACAGCGGCUUUGUCUGCUCUCAGCCGUGGACAGCGCAGGCGGCGGCAGCGGCGCGGCAGUCGCGGCGCCUGCUGCUCAACCCACCGGCGGUGGGGGACGCAGCCGUGGCUGGCGAACCCGAGGCCCGGGUCAGCCUCCAGGAGGAUGACGAAGCGACCGGGAUCCCAGCUGGCGGCAGCGGCGGCUUCGUGUGCGCUGCAUGCAUGUACGGCAUGCUGUGCCCCCGCGGCUCUGUGCUGCCGCCGGUGCUGGACCCAUCCAUACAGAUGGCGGUGGAGGCCCUCAGCUGCCCCGCCGGCUUCUACUGCCCCACCCCCGCCACCAGCCACCCCUGCCCGGCCGGCUUCUUCUGCGGCGCCUCCACCAUCCAGCCCGUCACCUGCAACAUGAGCCUGCUCAUGGCGGCAGCCCCAGACAUGCAGGUCGCCAUCCAGCCCGCCACCGUCUCCCAGCGCGUCUUCCUGUACGGCGACCCGCUGCAGGGCAACUCGUGCCCCGCCAAUGCCACCAACCCAGCCAGCCUGUGCCCCAAGGGCUCGUACUGCCCCCAGCCAGCCACAGUUCUGGCCUGCCCAGCCAAGUACUUCUGCCCCGAGGGGUCGCUGCAGCCCCAGCCAUGCCCGGUGCUGGCCAGCUGCCCCGAAGGCUCAGCCUCCGCCGACCUCUCCUACACCGGCUUUGUCAUGCUGGCCACGCUGCUGGCCGCCAUGUGGCUGUGCUACGGCCUGGUGCUGGCGGUCAUCCGCCACGACCAGCGCGAGCUGAGCAGGCAGCAGGAGGUGCAGGACCGGCUGUUGGGCAUCCUGCAGCCGCUGCUGGGGCCCGGCAGCGCCAGCAACAGGGCGCAGCCGUUCCGGGCCUUCAAGGGCGUGCGGCCGCGCCUGACGCUGCAGUUUGAGGAUGUGGGGCUGACGCUGAACGACGGCCGGUCCAUCCUGUCUGGGGUCACCGGCAGGUUUGAGCACAGCCGGCUGGCGGCCAUCCUGGGACCCUCGGGCGCAGGGAAGACGACCUUCCUCAGCGUGCUGAGGGGGGCGGCGGGCGCCUCGGGGCGGCAGAGCGGGCGCGUGCUGGUCAACGGGCGGCAGGUGCAGCUGUCGGCGCUCACCUCCAUCACCGGCUUUGUGCCCCAGGAUGAUGUCGUGCACGAGGACCUGACGGUACGUGAGAACAUGGCCUACUCGGCCCGCCUGCGCCUCAGCGCCGCCAAGCGGGCGGAGGAGAAGGCGGGGCUGGUGGACGACGCGGUGGACCUGCUGCAGCUGCGCCACGUGCAGCACCAGGUGGUGGGGUCGGUGGAGCGCAGGGGCAUCAGCGGGGGGCAGAGGAAGCGGGUGAACAUCGGAGUGGAGCUGGUGGCAAAGCCCAGCAUCCUAUUCAUGGAUGAGGGCGCCCUGACGCGCAUGACCCGCCUGGGCAUGAACGUCGUGUGCGUGCCCCGCUUCUCUAUCUUCCGUAUGUUUGACGACGUGAUGCUGCUGGGCAAGGGCGGGCGCCUCGUGUUCCUGGGGCCCUCCCGCCUGGCGCUGCCCUACUUCGACAGCAUCGGCUUCCAGCUGCCGCCCAACGAAAACCCCGCAGACUUCCUGAUGGAUGUGAUCUGCGGGGCGGUACCACGCCAGCAUGGCGCCGCCGCUUUCCAGCCCGCCGAUCUCUUUGACCUCUGGCUCUCCCACGGCCUGGACUGGGUCCAGCUGCACGCCAAGCUGGCAUCCAAGGAUGAGGGGCAGGACAAGGCGGCAGAGCAGCAGCAGCAGCAGCAGCAGCAGCAGCAGCAGCAGCAGCAGCAGCAGCAGCAGCGGGGGGUGGACCCAGAGCAGCUGCAGGAGCUGGAGGAUCUGUUUGAUGCGCAGGAUGGGGAUGGGGAUGGCUCCCUGGACUCCCGCGGCCUGCUGAAGCUGCUGGAGGGGCUGGGCCUGCAGCCCACCCAGCGCAGCGUGGCGGCGCUGAUGCGAGACCUGGCGGUGCCGCGCAGCGGCCUGCUCACCAAGCAGGCCUUUGUGCAGUUUGUGCUGAGCGGCGGCCGCUCUGCAGCCGCCCCACCAGCUGCUGCGGGCGCCAGCGGCAGCAUCCCUGCCCGCCAGCGGCGCGCCGACACAAUGUACCGCGUGUACAGCAUCGAGCAGUACACUCUGGCGGGAGCCCUGUCUGAGCUGGCCGCCGAUGCGCUGCCGCCCGGCGUGCGGCAGGGCGCGACGACGCUCAACGACCUGGCGGCGGCACACCACCGGCAGCAGCAUGGCGUGGAGGCGGGGCCAGCGGGCUGGCAGGACGUGGGCAGCAGCCUGGGCGAUGCCAGCAGCAGCAGCAGCAGCAGCGAGGGCGAUGCGCGCAGCGUGCAAGCCGGCGUCGGGCUGGUGUCACCCACAGAGAGCCCCGUGAGGCACAUCUAUCUGCCCGGGCAGCCGCGGUCGCCUUUCAGCCGGGACCAACACGGCUCUGGCACCCUGCUGGCUGGCGCCGCCGCCGUGCCGCCCCAGGCGCCCACCUACCAGCGGCAGGAUGCACUCAAGAUGCCGCUGACGAGCAGCUCCGUUCCCUCGGCCGACAGCAGCAUGCAUGCAUCGCAGCAGCAGCAGGAGCCGCCGGUGCAGGUGGAGGUGCAGCAGCAGGCAGCCGCGCGCCGCGGGCCGCUGGCCUGGCUGGGCCUGUCCGCAGGCACCGAGCUGCGCACCACGCCGGGGGCGGCCGCCCAGUUUCGCAUCCUGCUGUUCCGCUCAGGCAUCAAGUGGGUGCGGAACUGGACGGGAAAGAUGCUGGAGCUGCUGCUGCUCAUCCUGGCGGCCGCCGUGUGCGGCAUCAUGCAGGGCCCUGGCGGCAACGAGACCAAGGUUCGGGGCAACGCGGCGCUGGCAUUCCUGGCGCUGGGCCUGCUGAGCGGCGCCACCAGCCUGCCGCUCUUCGGCUUCUCCGCGCGCGUGGUGUGGUGGCGGGAGCAGGAGCGGGGCGUGCGCCCGCUGUCCUACUUCCUCGCCGCCACCGUGGUCAGCCUGAUCACGGGCGGCAUGCUCAAUGGCGUGAACCCCAACUACCGAGGCAUGGCGCCCGCCCUGCGCGCCCUCACCUCCCUCUCCUACAACAGGCAGGGCGGGGGGUGGGCGAUCGAGGUCGUCAGCAUCCAGUCCUUUGCCAACUUUCCCGAGUGGCGCUGGCCCGCCACCAAGGCCGCCAUGAACCAAGCAGGCGAGGCCAGCCGCACCCUUUUUUCGUUCGCCUGCUACUGCGGGCUGUACAAGCUGGGUCUCAACCCCGAGGACCCGUCCGCCGGCGCCGCCCUGAGCGGGCCCCUGGACAGCGCCCGCCUGCUGGACAUUCGCGACUACUGCGCCAAUGCCUCGGCCCAUGCCGCCCUGGUCAUGCUGGCGCUGGGCUUCAUCCUGCAUGCCGCCACGGCGCUGGCGGUGGCCCACUGCUCCCACGGCCUGCGCCUGGGCCUGGGCCCGCUGGCGCGCUGGGUGGGCAGUGGCAGGCGGCGGCGCCAGCAGCGGCGGCAGCAGCAGCGCAAGGAGACGCCCGCCGGCGUGGUGGCGCCGUGA